GCAGAUUUGCAUAGGCAGAUUUGCAUUGGUAACAAGCAUAUUUGCAUUGAAAUGAACACCAGGAUACAAAAUACUCUGUUUCCCACACCCCAGAUCUCUCUGAGCAGUUUAGAAGUCUAAUAAACAUUGAGAUUUCCAAGAGCUGGCUUGUUUGUUUUUAGCACAAAGCAGUAUGCAAUGGUGACACCUGCUGUGGGAAAAGAAAACUGACUUGAGGUGGCAACCCUUCCCUGAACACUGAUUUCAGAGCAGUCAUACAUGGGAGCCUAGGAGCCAACUCCUAGGGGCCAAGGUCCCUUCGGCUCCCCCUAAAGUUGAUGGCCAUUGCCAUUCAAAUGAUGUGCACGCACCAUGUCAUGUGAUCAGUCAUGUGGGGCAAGGCUUACCUGCCCCACUCCUACAUGGGAGUGUGCUGUGCUGUAAAAGUAUUCAGCCGUUUCAAGCACCAGGCUCAAGUGUGCCAGAGGGGAAAUAUAAGGCAUUGGUGAACUACUGAAGGGAUUUUUAUCAAUGUGGCAUGAUUUACCAAAGGCUUGAUGCUUCUGUUGCAUUUCUUUAAAGAAAAAAAGCAGCAUAACAGAAACACAAGUUUCUGCCCGGAUAACAAGACCCCCACCCUGCGGCCUGGCUGAGGUGGUCCAAAGGAAAACAGAACAAUUUAUGUGGCACCAGCUGGGCUGCAGGAGUUGCCGGAAGGAGGCGCACAAGGCACUGUCCAACCAUUUUAGGGACUCCACUCUGGAUUUGUGUAGGGUUUACUCCUUAGCCUUUUCUUCUCCCGAAGAUCUCCUGCACGGCACUGGAGGUUUAGGGUGAAAGAUUUCCUCCUUCUAGAUGAGCUACCUUUUCAGGUUGACAAGGCCCAUCUGCCCCACAUCUCCCUCUGCAGCUCGUGCAGAAACCGCCUACUUGACCAUUGGACCCACUAUUGGUCUCAUCCACUCAAUCCUCCAGAGCCUGUCUUCGUGUACAGGGGGAGCCCCACUUACCAAGGGUUUGGGACCCAUUGGCUAUCCUCACCUGGUUUAGCUGGCCAGUUGAAGCCAUUCCCGGAAUGUGGUCACUGUCGUAUGUCGACAGCUUCCAGGAGCCACAGGUGAGAGCUGAGUGGCAGGGUACAGAAGAUAAAGUGAAAUAUCAAAGGAGCAAGGAAAUCAUCCCUAUUAGCUGCUAAUUGCGAGAAGGGAUAUUAUAGAUAAAAUAUUUACCUUUGGAUUUAUUUAUUUAUAUUCCAUGUAUUUAUAGGCCACACAAAGCAACAUACAAGAACAAGAAAUAAAGGCAACAUAAAAACAGCAAUACAGUGGUACCUCUAGAUGUGAACGGGAUCUGUUCCGGAGCCCCGUUCGCAUCCAGAAGCAAACGUAACUAACGACGGCACAUCUGCGCAUGCAUGCGUCGCUUUUCGCUGCUUCUGCACAUGCACAUGACGCCAUUUUGACCAUCUGCGCAUGCGCGAGCGGCAAAACCCGGAAGUAACGUGCUCUGUUACUUCUGGGUUGCCGCGGAGUGCAACUCGAACGCGUUCAUCCCGAAGCACAUUCAACCCGAGGUAUGACUGUACAAACAUCUGUAAAAUGUUGAUACCUUAAAUGCAAUCUUAAAAAUUACAAAGCUGGUUAGAGUAGUACAGCAGCAAGCAACAUGCAUCCAUCAGACAGAAGAAAAUACUUUUCCAAAACAAGAAGUUUCCACCUACCAAGAGAAGUGAAAGAGCCAAGCAGCUUCUCCUGAGGAAGCAAACUCCAUCCAGACCAUGCAGAUGCUUCUGGCCUGCUGCUUCAUCAACCCUCCAGAGCAAAGAACGGGCAGUCACUGUCUUCAUGAUCAGAGCCACUACAUCUCUUGCAUUUCUGACUUUCUUUAACCAUUCAAGGCCCAAAGCCUCUUUGGGGGGAGGGGGGCAGGGGGAUGUCACUCAAAUGGCUGUAAUAAAUUCCUAUGCCUGCAGCCUGAUCCCUUCCAUUGCACUUAUGGCUACAAGCAGCAGGGGUUCUUUAUUUAAAUACCUGUGUAGACAGGGAAACUUUUGCAAGGGCAGCUUUUUCAGCCUUGAAUGGAAAGCUGAAGCUAAUGAAACUCCUUCUUCUGCACAACUAUUCAAACUGCAGGAGCUUCUGGUUAGGCUGCCCAGCUAUUCCCGGCCAUCACUACUGUUAGCAUGCCAUUCUUCUUUGUAAUAUUUCCAACAUGUGUGUGUGUGUGUGUGUGUGUGUGUGUGUGUGUGUGUGUGCAUUGUGGGCAUUGGCUAGUUUUCUUAGUUGUUGAAGACCCAAAAUAUAUUCCUGUUCCCAAAAUACUGUUUAGAGACAUCCUACACUCUUUGCAUAAAUGUUUUGCUUGGGAGGCAUCCAUUACCCAUCCCAGUCCAUGUUGCAAUCGCACACAAACAUCUCAUGUCUCUCCCAGCCCCUGGAACACCUUCCCAUGCAGAAAAAUCACAUUAGGUGCUAUGUCAACAACGUCUCUACUUACAGACGUCAGUAUUCAUUUCAGGACAGCCUUACAGCAGGUUAGCAGUGAAAGGAAACAGAUGUUCUCUUGUCUGAAAAACAUUGGCCUUAGAUUACCUUCUCUGGUCUCCGUUCAAAGCCGUCUUCACAGAGUAAGGCCACUGUUCAAAUCUUGAUGAACCAAUUUUUUAGUUGUUUGUGUCUAUAUACCUCUUUGACCUCAGUAGGUACUCUACAAAUAUUUGCAGGGUUAGAGCCAAAGUUGUGGAUCAGAUACUUUUCUCUCCUACUUCAGGGGGGAAAUGUGUAUGGCUUUAUAAAACUUCAAAGCAGUUUCACUUUUCCUAAUCCAGGCCUCUCCCACCACAAUCUCUGGAGCCAAGUGAGCAGGGUGCCUGGUUUCUAAAAGUGGAGGGGCCUAGGCUCACUUUUUCUGGGAAGCCAGCCUUCCUAAUUCCAGCUAACAGGGAUAGGUAUUAGUCUCAUUUUUAUUACUUUGUAUGUUCUAGAGCACAGCAUCAACAAUGAAGACAAUGCUGCUGAAUUCCAGCCUGCAACUCUUGAUAUGGCUGCUCGUUUUCCUGCUGUCUUCAGUCUGUGCCUUCAACAGUAGCCUGACACUUAGAAAAUUUAGCAGCUGGAAAUUUUCUUCAUCAUUUCAUGUCCAUGGCAGGAAAAAAGAAAAGCUUUGCUUGCUUAAUUUCAGUGCAGGGCUGGACCUAGACACAUCAAAAAAGCAAUUCAGUUAAAUGCGUUGUAAACUUCAUACAGGGAAAUUCGGUUGCCGAAAGACAGGGCUCCACAGCGCCAUCUGGUGUCACAGUGUUGUAACACAUAUAAAGCACUUUGUCUUUACGAAUGUAGGUGAGACCAAGGAGGCAACUACUGAAGCCACUGGAUUGGGAUCAGUCAAAGUAUUCUUAUCACCUCAGUGGCACUUUUCAAUGGACAAGACAUCCCUUUUCUUCUGUCACCUGGCUUUUGCUCCAUGAACACGAGCAGCUUCUGCCCAUGGAUCCAGCUGUCUGAGCUCAGGCUGAGAGGUAGUGAGGAGCCCAUAGCCCUAGAGGUGGCUGAGCUGCGACUUUCAUUUCCAACCUUCGUGCAUGAUAUAUGUUGCAUGUGUGUCUUCCAUGCGCCAUCUCUGAACAGCAACAAGAGGCCAGGCAAUCUAGACAGCUGCUUUGGAAUUAGGCUUGUGGUCAACUCAUAGCCUGAGCCUAUGCAUGUUUACUCGGAAGUAAGACCCAUUGUGUUCAGUGGGGCUUGCUCCCAGGUAAGUGCAUCAAAUUGGAGCCUAAGGAUAUUUCAUUAAAGUUGCCAAAUGUAUUCUGACAUUCCAUACUAUUAGCUGAACUGGCACUUAAGUCAUGACUAACUUUCCCCAUUGUUUUCGGUGGAAUGUGGGUUCAGCUAGCCUAGGCUGCCUUCUGAACCCCACUUACCUGGGAGCAGGCCCCAUUGAAUUCAAUAGGCUUUCCUACUGUUACUGCUUGCAUGAAGAGAGAUACUAGGCAUACAAAACUUUCCCUGUGCCUUCAUCUGCCAAGAAAAGUCUGCCCCACUAAAUGCUGUAAGAAUACAAUUUUGAUCAGCCAGCUACUAAGUUGUAUUAUAUUGCAAGUUGCAUUUCUUGUUAGGAAAUAAUAAACACAUUGAAACACAAUUAACCAGUUUUUUAAAAAAAUGUUUACACUUCCUACCAAUAAUUUGGUAGGAA